GGUUCACGAAAUUCUCAGAGCACCACGAGAAAAAACAACUCCCCCAAAAAAAAAAAAAAAGGUGUGGGUUUUUGCUCUCUCUGUCUUCCCCCAAUCCCAUGCCUCACUGAAAUCGUCAGAUUUCGCCUUCUCGAUCGGCGGUGGGAAAGGUCGCGGAUCUCUCGAGUUUUUUUUUUGGUCCUUUCGAAGGUUCCGAUGGAGGAAGGCGUGGAGAGCUUGUGGAGCUGAUUGGAGGGAGCUUUCCGCGGCCGAGGUUCGAUCCCGAUGUGGUGAUGUCGGCGACGAUCGAGGUUUUCCUGGAUUUUAUGUUCUUUGUGGGUGUCGGAGUGAAUUGACGGUUGCUUGGAUUGCGUAUUAUUCCACCACCAUCUCGUCUCAGGCUGUAUUGGACCGAUUCCAGCUUAGACUGUUGAUUUUCUUGGUUAAGUAGUCCGGGCAAUCUGAUUUUGUUUUUGCUGCGAUCGUUGUCUUAUGAGGAAGUGUGGUAACUGCAGUUUUGGUAGAAGCGAGUGGGUGAGAAGAUGAUGCGUUUUUGAUUUUUUGAUGACACGAGGCCGGAGUUAGUUUGGCAUGUGUAAUUUCUCGACUCGGGAGAUAUUAGCUUUUGCUUGAUCAGGAUCGGGUGCUUCUCUUUUUUCUCCGUAGUUCAGAGGAUGGAGGAAGAGAAAUGCUUUGUGGCCUGGGGCAAUGACUUGGAGCCAGGGAAUCAGACUGAUGGUGAAUGUUUUGCAAAAUGUGGUGAACCGAAGCUCGAAGAGAGUGGAAAGGGGGAUUUUGUUGAUGGAAGUGGUGAUGCUUGUCUGGAAGAUGGCGAGGGGCCUAACACUCUCUACUCGACCGAAGGUUCCUUCGUAAGCAAAGAUGCAAGAACAUUGUCGGGUUGCCCUUGCAGCUCCAAAAAGCUCAAGUCCAGAGUAGGUGCGACGGAUCCGGGACUCUCGAAGAAAGAGAAGUAUGGGCCAGACAGGAAAUUGAGUAGACAAGACAGGAUUGAAUUAUGCAGGCUGUUUCAGGGGGCAGUGAGCUCGCAUAACUGGGAACUUGCGGAGAGUUUGAUACUUUUGGCUGAUCCCCAGACACUCAAUGAUGCUUUAUGCAUUGCUUUAGACUCGAUAUGGUUCUUGAGCACACAUCAAGAGUUACACGGGAUCACCGGAUUAAUAAAGAAAAUCAUUGCUAAUGGCGCUUAUGACUUCACAAGAGCAGCUCUUAGGACUUCAUUCCUGGCUUCCUGUGUCUCAGCUUGCCAAAGUCGGACAUUGAGUCUGGCAGAUACAGUAACUAUGAUGGCCCAAAGGUUGCACGAGCAUCUCAAAGAGUGUAAUGGUGAUGAGGUUCUGAAAGCAGAGGCUGGUGCUAAGGUCCAAAAAUUUUCUGAAUGGGCAUUGAAGUGUAUAGGAUUGCAUUCCCGGUGCCAAGGAAAUAGAGAUAGGAUCAACCACAGCUCCGCUGUUGAAAUUCAACUCCAGUUAUCUGCAUUUAAGACAUUCCUGGAUCUUGCUGGUAAUCAUCUUACAGGGAAGGACUUCACGGAGGCUUUUGACGCUGCUUGCUUCCCCCUUACUCUUUUCUCUAGUACCUUUGAUCCUGGUUGGGCAUCUGGUAUUGCCGCAACUGCCAUCCAAGGGUUGCUGGGCAUGCUUGUAGAGGGGGGCGCUGACAAUGUUAACCAGUGUUUUCUUGAAGCUUCACGGUUUGGAAGUACAGAACUUGUGCGCAUUCUGUUACAGAUUGCUCAGAGGAACAGCUUGGAUGUUGAUGUCGACUUGGCUUUGGGUUUUGCUUCUCACUAUUGCAAGAUUGGGACAAUGGAGUGUCUAGUUGAAGAGGGGAAUGCAAUGGCUUUCUUGGGUCCUUUGUUGAGGGCAGCGGAGAGGGGUUGUUUGGAGGUUGUGCAGUGGUUUGUGAGGAGGGGCUGUCGACAUAUGGAGCUUUGCCUUGCCCUAACUGCUGCAACGGCUAGCAGCCAAGUGGAAGUCGCUGCAUAUCUUCUCCCUCGUGUUCCUCAACACAACCUCACUGCUCUCAGUGUUGAAAUCCUUAAAGCCGCCGGUGAACGAAGUGGUGGUUCUCUGGAUGGUGUAGCAUUUCUUCUUCGAUCGGAUUUUCUUGGUGAUCCUGUUGCGACAUAUGCGGUCGCUGACAGCAUUGCUAGGUCAGAAGAUGAGUCGAUUGAUCCUGUACUGCGGGCUUUUCUUCAAGAGCACUGGUCGGAGGCAGCUUUUUUUGAUGGGCUGAGGCAAGGCCAAGUGCAUUACGUGAAUUUCACAAGGAUACUGAAGCGGGGCGAGUCUCCAUUAUGCUUGACUGAUAUUCCUGGACCUCUGAGGGCGGCGAUCGCAUAUCUGCCAUUGUACAGGGAGUGCACUGGGGUAGGUGGCUGCUUGCUGUCCCAAAGGCUCAGGGGACAGCUUGUUGAGGCCGUGAGAAGGCUUGAGAAUGCAGCCUUAGAGCCUGUGCGCCCUUGCAGAGAGCUCUUGUCUAUUUUGGAGCAUCACCUUCCUCGAUUUUUGCUCAGCGCUCCGAAUGUUGCCUAGCAAGAGUUUUCCUUGCGGCACCCUUUUUUCCCAUGCUUUCACUUCUCUCUAUCCCUCUAUAUUUCCUACGAAUUGCUUAUAAUAAUCGCAUGAAAGCGGGUUGAAGGUGAGAAAGAUCUUCGAAGGUGGAUGAGAUUUUCAUUGACUUGGGUCGCCUUGCUGGCUAAAGCUCUAGCGCCUCUUGGCUUAUCAGCCGCCUAAUCCUCAUGCCACCUUUUGAGGAGUAUUGGUAUUGAUCUAAAUAUGUAAGACGACAGAGCAACCUUGGAUGUCCAUAUUUUUGUUGGCGAGCUCCAUAGUUGUAUUCUAAUAUUCGUGGCUGGCUUCUUACUUCUCAAGAUCCCCUUUUUUGUGUCAUGUGGCUUUUCUUGGGCGAAAAGAAGGGAAGCUAUCGAUCUUACGUGUCUUAAAGAUGCUUCAAU